AUGCCUCCGAUCAAGCUCGUGCCCGGACGCGGCCUGUCCCAACGAGGCCUCGUCUCCAUUGCUCGCCACUGCAUGCCGCCAUCACUCGCUGCACACGCGCUCGAGACGGCCGCCGAUGCAAUCGUGCACGUCUGCCCCGCCGGAACAGUCAAGACGUGGAACCGCGGUGCGUUCGAGACUUUCGGCUUCACAGCAGAUCAGGCUCUCGGCAGCAGCCUCACCGAGCUUGUGAUUCCCGAGCACGUGCGGCACCUCCGUCCCCUCGACCCGAAGCCUCAGUUGGAUCGUCGCCACCUGCGUCGAGCGCCGGCAAGUCGCGCGGACGGCACGCUCUUCACCGCCGAGUUUACCGUGCUGGAGCUCACAGCGAACGCGGGCGCUCCGGACCAGGGUGCCGUCGUCACACUGCGCGACGCUUCCGCGAUGGGCGAGACCGUCCGCACGCUACGACGGCGAGUCGCGCAGCUCGAGUCGGGUAUGGAGCGGCUGGUCGCCCUGGCACGGCCCUCUGCCUCGUCGCACGAGCCCGAGUGCACGCCGGGCGCGAGGGACAGUUUGGCUGACGACGAGGCGCCUGCCGCUGAGCUAGUGGAGGCACUGCUUGCAUCGCAGGUGCAGUGUGUCCUCGCGACGACCGAUGCAGACCUCGCUCCAUGCCAAUACCUGAUGGCGUACGCUACGUCGCCAUGCCUGCGGGAGAUCUUUGUCGCCACGCCACUGCAGGCGCGCAAGGCGCAGCAGAUGCUCGAGCGGCCCAGCUGCUCGCUGCUGUGGGACAACCGCACGGGUAGGCUGGCGGACCACGGAGACGGGGUCCUCGUCACCGCCGUCGGCCGGGCAGCUGCCGCCCGCCCGGAAGAGGGCAGGGCGCGCUUUCUGGAGCGGAAUCCGAACAUGGGGCGCUUCCUCGCGUCCGAUGGGGUUGCUCUCUUCCGAAUUAGCGUCGCCAGGUUUGAGAUCGUAAAGGGCUACGGGCGACCGAGGCGGUGGGAGCCGCCUGCAGUGUAG